AUGAACACAGACAUUCGACUAGCAGAUGACACUACUGAAAUACAUAUGGUUGAAGAAAUUGAUGCAAAUAGUUAUUUUGAAUCAACCUUAGAGUGUGAGAAAAUAAUUGAUGUCAAUGUAAAUCUUGGUCAUGAUGGAGAUGAAAGUAUCAUGGGAAAAGUUUUUAAUACACCUCAUGAUGCCUAUACGUUUUAUAAUCAAUAUGCUUUUUUACAUGGAUUUGGUAUACGAAUUCAUUGGGACUAUAAAAAUAAGACGACAAAUGAGGCUUACCGUAAGAUGUACGUUUGCAAUAAAGAAGGGUUUAAAAGAUCGAAGACUAAUAGUUCAUGUGUGGGUGCAAAGAAACGACGUAGAGAUUUGAGGACCGGAUGUCAAGCAAUGCUUCGAAUUUCAAAAGGAAAAGAUGGGCUAUGGUUUGUGGACAUGUUUAACGAUACCCACAAUCAUGAGUUGAGCACUACACCUACAAAAGUAAUGAAGCAUCGUUCUCAUAGGAAGUUACAUCGUUCAUUGGCAUGUAAAUCUCUUAUGAUAGAACUUGGUCAAUCGGGGUUAAAGCCUUCUCAAAUUAAAAAAGCUGUUAAUGCAAUGAAAACUCCACAGGACAUUGAUGUUACUUCAAAGCAAUGUGUGGAUGUCUUAUCUGAGCAACGAAGACAAUACAAAGGUAAGGAGUUUUAUGGGCUUAUCAAACAUUUUCAAGAUAAAGCAUUAGUAGAUGUUAACCAGUAUUUUGUUGUGGAUUUAUUUGAGGAUGGGUCACCUCGAAAUAUUUUUUGGGCCGAUGGAAGAUCAAGGGAUGCGUAUACUAAAUUCGGAGAUGUUGUUGUGUUUGAUGUUACAUACAUGACGAACAAAUUUAAGAUGCCAUUUUCUCCAUUUGUUGGGGUGAACCAUCAUGGUCAAACCAUACUGUUUGGUGGUGCAUUGCUAGAAAAUAAAAAAGAAGAAACUUUUCGAUGGUUAUUUGAGCAUUUUUUAAAGUGCAUGUUCAACAAGCACCCAUAUGCAAUGAUAACCGAUCAAGAUAAGGCUAUAGGUAAUGCAAUAAAAAAAGUGUUUCCAAACACUCGACAUCGCUACUGUGCAUGGCAUAUUAAGAAGCAUGAGCUUGAACAUCUUCGACCGCUGGUAGCCCAUUAUAGUGAUUUUAAGGAGUCUUAUACACGAUGGGUAAAAAGUGAUACAAUUGAAGAAUUUGAAAAAGAUUGGGAAGUUAUGUGUAGUAAGUAUCACCUUGAAAAUUAUUGUUGGAUCACCGAUAUGUAUAACCAACGAAAACAUUGGGUUAAAGCCUACUUGAAGGAUGUUUUUUUUUGCUGGAAUGACAACUAG